CGCCGAAAGCACGUGAUGGCGUCCGUCGCCGCAUGGCUGCCUUUCGCGCGCGCCGCGGCCAUCGGCUGGGUCCCUAUAGCCACACACCCCCUUCCCCCCCCGCCGGUGCCCAAAGAUAGGCGCCGUGCUGAGGAUGAAAAGCUUCUAAUUAAUGUCUCUGGACGACGGUUUGAAACCUGGAGAAACACCUUGGAAAAAUAUCCAGACUCACUUCUUGGCUCCUCUGAAAGAGAGUUCUUCUAUGAUGAAGACAGCCGAGAGUACUUCUUUGAUAGAGACCCUGAUAUAUUCAGACACAUACUCAAUUACUACAGAACAGGAAAGCUACAUUAUCCAAAACAUGAGUGCUUAACGGGUUAUGAUGAAGAGUUAGCGUUUUUCGGCAUUUUGCCCGAUGUUAUUGGUGAUUGUUGCUAUGAAGACUAUAGAGAUAGGAAACGAGAGAAUGCUGAGCGUCUUAUGGAUGACAAGCUCAGUGAAGCUGGCGACCAGAGUCUGCCACAGCUUACAGAUUUGCGGCAAAAGAUGUGGAGGGCGUUCGAGAACCCACACACAUCAACUGCUGCUCUAGUAUUUUACUAUGUUACCGGAUUUUUCAUUGCCGUCUCAGUUAUGGCAAACGUAGUUGAAACAGUUCCCUGCGGACAUCGGCCAGGUCGCGCAGGGACCUUACCUUGUGGAGAGAGAUAUAAGAUAGUAUUCUUUUGUUUAGACACAGCCUGUGUCAUGAUUUUCACUGCUGAAUAUUUGUUGAGGCUCUUCGCAGCGCCAGAUAGAUGCAAAUUCGUUAGAUCGGUGAUGUCGAUCAUUGAUGUGGUGGCAAUUUUGCCAUAUUAUAUUGGAUUGGGGAUUACUGACAACGAUGAUGUGUCAGGAGCCUUUGUGACCUUGAGAGUGUUUAGAGUGUUCAGAAUCUUCAAGUUUUCAAGGCAUUCGCAGGGAUUACGUAUCUUGGGUUAUACUUUGAAGUCAUGCGCCAGUGAGCUGGGAUUUCUGGUCUUUUCCCUGGCGAUGGCCAUAAUUAUUUUUGCGACUGUUAUGUUCUACGCUGAAAAGAAUGAACAAGAUACCAACUUCACUUCCAUUCCUGCUGCUUUUUGGUACACCAUUGUCACCAUGACUACACUUGGGUACGGAGACAUGGUACCCGGCACUAUCGCUGGUAAGAUAGUGGGUGGUGUGUGUUCCCUUUCGGGAGUACUCGUCAUCGCUCUGCCAGUGCCUGUCAUCGUCUCUAACUUCUCGCGGAUCUAUCAUCAGAACCAAAGAGCUGAUAAAAGGAAGGCUCAAAGAAAAGCUCGGCUCGCCCGCAUCCGUAUUGCCAAAGCUUCAUCAGGUGCUGCUUUCGUCUCCAAGAAGAAGGCAGCUGAGGCUCGUCUGGCUGCUCAGGAGUCUGGAGUGGAGCUGGAUGACGCAGGAAGGGAUGAGGAUAUCUUUGAGUUGCAGCAUCACCACCUUUUAAGAUGCCUAGAACGAACUACGGAUCGUGAGUUUGUUGAAAUGGAAAACCCAUUCAAUGGGGCCGCUAAACGGCCUGGAUCUCCUUCGCCUCUAGCGUCGCCUGCGCAUUCUGGCCGCGCACCUGCCUUAUUGGCUUGUUGCGCACGAUGCGGCUGCUGUCCACAGAAAUAUCAGGUCCUGCUAUUAGACUCGAGUAGAAAACGAGUGCGGGGUACUCGGCGUUACACGGCGACGUCGCGGCCGUCAGACACUUCUGUGUCCGCCGCGCCCAGUGAAGACCCCUUACCACAAGCUUGCGGCAAGUACAUUCCAGCUGGCAGCACAGUGCAAGGGAACCAGACGGGCGUAGCAAUGGAUGGUACAUAUCUCGUUGAGGCGUCUUUCUAGGACACGUCAACUAGUGCUCAACAAGAGAGCUAUGUGUAAGCCAGAUAGGACUAGAGUGAUUUGCCGCAAUUAUUAGGUUAUUUCUACAGAAGUAACAUAAAACUGCCUGAUAUUCAGAUAUCAUAGACUUAAAAUGGAGACCUUGAGAUGUCUGGUCAACCCUUUUAUGACAAUUGAAAAAUGACAUUGACAAAGCUAGACGUGAAAUUGUAUGAAUAUAUUAUUUGAAUGUAUUCAGACUUAGAUGUAGGUAGUAAAUUCAAUUAUAGUGUGUGUUAAGAUAAAAUAAUUUGCGAUAUCUAGACUGCUUUUUCAAUCUACAGGUCUUCAUUGAAAUUAUUGUCCAUCUUUUCUGAUAGUUUAGUCUAACAGUAUUAAAAGAUUAGAUUUACGAGAAUUUCUUCAAAAAAUAUCAAGUUAAUGAAAUUUAGAGCAGAGCUACUGGGUAAUUACUAUUAAAUGUUAGCUAGAAACAAUGUUACAUUAUCCCAUACCAAAACUGCUUUUGGGAUUUCAUAAUAGAAAUUAAUGCAAAUCAUAUCAUAGGCAGAUAGUUUCGUUCAAGGGAAUUGAGCACUGAGAAUCCUGCUUUAUGUUAUACUAUCAGGAUACUUGUGCCUUCAAAAUUCAUUACAUACUGUUACUCUGUGUUAGUGAAGUUUUAGAUAUAGAAAUGUAUUCUCGUAUCGGAGUCGUAUCGGUAAAGGCACGUAGCAGUGACGACUGUUCAUAACAAGCUAUCUUUUAAGCUUACAAUUGUACCUUAAUGUAUAUAUUUUAAGUGCACAAAUAGUAUAUGGGAUAUUUCAGUUUGUUGUCUAUUACCUACCAAUAAGUAAUAAGAAAAAAAUGCCAAAUAAUUGUGAAAAUGUCAUUUUUGUGUAAGGUGUGACACUAUACUUUCUUAUGGUCUAGGGCGAAUGGAAACUCGAACGGAUUUCGGCUCGAACUAACUUCACCCAUCUCGACGAAUAACCGCGUUUGCUACAAUGAACUCAAUCACUGACUUUUACAGAAUAUGAGGGCUAAUCUGUUAUAUAAACUAUAUGUAUUUAUACGCUACGUGCCGUUUAACUAUUCUAUAUCAACAGUGGCGGAUUUACACAUUUUCUAGGUGAAGUUUUUGCCGCCCUUGCCACGUCCAAGAUUAUUUUUAGAAUCCCACAAUUUCGUUGAAAAUUUUUGAGAAAUUAUGCACAAACCAUCCAGUUUUCAGCCUCCCACUAGUAGUGGAACUGACAUGUAUAGGUUGAUAGGGGGAAGAGGGAAAAACAAUUUGCUCUUUUCACUCAUACCAAGUGUGAGCUGAGGGCGCAGAGGUAUAAUGACAAUAUUAUAUAAUACAGAAAACCGUAAUGGAGAAAUCUUUUUGAUUUCUAUGAGGUAGCAAAAAAUAUGGGUUAAUGAAUUUGCCGCCCUAAAAUUAUGCCGCUCAAGUUCUAGUCUACUUAGACUGCUGGUAAAUCCUCCACUGUAUAUUAAAUUUCGGAUGCAAUGAAAAAACAAUGAAAUGUUCGUCAUCCAAUGUUUUAAUUCGUAGUCCCUAAAUAUAUGGAUGUCUUAUGAUCGCUCUAGUUAUAAUGUUAUGUAUAGAUAGAUGAAUUUAUGUGGUUAUAAUAGAAAUUAUUUAAUUUAAUUGUUAAAUCUAGACUUAAGUAAUAUCUGCGGGUGCAUUGAAUGCGUUGAUAAUGUAUUUAUAAUUUUUAUUUAUAAGAUUGGUACAAACGUUUAAUGAAAAAUAUUUGAUAUUGUAUAGAAGUCUGGAAGACACUGCUUUUAGCAGUAAGACCGCCUUUUUACAUUCUUUGUCUUCAUUUUUUUUUCUAGUAUUUUGUGUUAUCGUGAUGUAUACAUAAAGAGUUAUUGUUAUCAUUUUACUACGCACUGGAAUACGAUGAUAUAAUGAUUUUACUGUAUCAAAAUACUCCGUAACCAGGCUGUGUUUAAUAGAAUAAAAUUAUACUCAUUUAUUAAACAAUAACAAAAAGUUUAUUUUAAACUUAAACCGGUUUUUCAAAGAGUAUUAACCUGUAUAAUAUAUGGAGAUGGACGCGUACGACAGCCUAAACUCUAAACUGUAUAAGUAACGUUUUAAAAUAAUCUUUUACGUAAUGAUUUGUACAUUUAAGUUAUUUUUUUGAAUCGCCGACCUCGUGUUAAUUUAUACGCACGUUUUGUACCGAUCUUAUAACGUGUAUUAAAACCGAAUUCAGUGUUAAUAAAAUUUCUUCCAAAUAAUGCCAUUAUUACUAAUCAAACGUAGUUUCAAUUUGAUAAAUUAAUAAUUAAGUAUAAUAAUGUUCUUGUAACUUCGUAACGCGCAAAAUAUCUAUAAAUAAAUAUUUAAUGAAUGAAUGGUCUUAUUAAAAAUUGUUCUAGAAUCUAUUGUCUCGUUUAUUUACUCGACACUGCUAGAGACAAAAGAUUCUAUAGCUUUUUAAUAAUUUUAACAGUCAGAAUUCGAGGUUAAUUAUUAUAUUGAAUUCCUGUGAUUUUUAGUCCUUUAGAUAUAUUUUAGUAUCUUGUCCAUGCUUUGUAAAUUGACAAUAUUUAUAUUAUAGAUUAUUUUUAAUGUAUUUAAACCUUGUAUCGUAAAUUCUAACAUUCAAGACGAACUAUUUUUUUUAAUACUUGAAUAAGGAAGUUACGAUGUGAUCUCUUGUAAUAGGUUUCCAUUUGGAAUCAAAUAUUUUUAUUACAAUGUAAUAAAACAUAAACUUCUGAAUCUAAAUAUUGGGAAUUAAGGACUUGUGGAACUGUUUUUCAUAUCAGAACCAUUCGUAAGCCUUUUUUUUAAUAUUUAGCAAGAUAUUGUUUGGAAUAAAUACUCCUGGACAUAUUGCGUCUGUUCCAUUGAUAUUUUUUAAGUAACAUUAACCCAUGUGUAUUGUUUAACCAACAUUAGAAUCCAGGACGACUUAUAUCUACUACUAAGGCGGUCGUGCAUUGCAUUAAAGCAAUAUUCAAACUUGUUUUAAUAUUUGAAAAUGGAUUUAAUUGGAUUUAUUUAAUAAAUUCACGACAUUUCAGCUGUAAUAAAAAUGGAAACAUAUUAUAUUAGAAAUCAAUUUCCCUUUAUAUGACGGACCAACAUGAAUGUGAAUUCUGACAAUAUUUUGUUGGUUUUAAAAGCUUCUAUUCUUCGUUAUUCUCUACUUUAUAUCUCUGUAAAAUCCAAUUUGACUGUUAAUCACUGUUAUUUUUAUUUUAUUUACUGAAGUACAGCUCUGGUAUGACUCAGAGUCCAGACCUAAAAAAAAUAGUAACAGGGGCAAAUGGGCAGGAGGCUCACCUGAGUAAGUGAUGCCGCCGCCCAUUGGACACUCUCAAAGACAGAGGGCUCGCGAGUGCGUUAUCUUUUAAGAAUUGGUACGCUCUUUUCUUGAAGGACCCUAAGUCAAAUUGGGUUGAAAAUACUUCAGUGGGUGGCUGGUUCCACAAAGGGUUGCCUUAAAAACUGUUCGCCUAUGCAGACCCUAAGUCGGCCUACAAGAAAAGAGCGUACCAAUUCUUAAAACGCUGGCAGUGCGCUUGCGAGCCUUCUAACAGUGUGAGUGUCCAUGGGCGGCGGAAUCACUUAACAUCAGGUGAGGCUCAUACUCGUUUGCCUCCUGUAACGUAAUAAAAAUUAAAAAAAACGCUAAGCUGUGGUGACGUCGAGGCGAUACGGUUGGAAUUUCGUAUUCUGCCUAACUUAACCUAACCAAUACUUUUUUCCCUGGUCACACCUAACGCUAAGUCUGGACAUCGUCAAGCUCCUACUCUCCGUAGAGAUGUAUGUUUUUUUAAUUUAAAACGGUGAUUAACAGUAAUAUUGAUGAAGCAUUAUUUAUGUCUAUUAGUAAUUCGUACAAUUCAAAACAAUUGUAUCGUUAUAGAUAAAUAAGGAUGAAAAGGGAACGCAGACACCGCAAGCAAGUAUCCUGACGCAUGAUUAAACGAUCAUACUUCAUAGUUAAUGCAUAGGAAAUAAACAGUACCAAUUCGCUGCCACUAAUUACCACGUCAUGACGAAAAAGGUUGACUGUACAAUUAGUUAUCAAAAAUCUGGCAUUGGCACUCCGUAGAACCUUUUCUACGGAGUGCCAAUCCAACCUUAGGGAUGCCAUCAAACGAGCCAAUUUAUAUCAUGUUCUUUCAAUGUAUUAUAUGGUCCGUAACGUAAACUAACUACUAUGUAUGGUAAACUUUAUCAACCUUAUCAACCUUAUUUGCCUAUUGUAAUUCGAUUUCACCUUGCCGCCUUAACACUGCCAGUAGCGACAUCUCUUAACCGUUAAGCUCAAAAUAUGUUGGAUGAGCUUUCUGUUCUGAAACGCACUUUACACUUGAGAAACAUAACUUACUUGCGAAAUUAUUACCAUUUAUUUGUCAAACAGUUGAAGGUAUAGAAGAAAUAAUUGCUUGAUGGUAAUGAUGAUAAACAAUAUCAGGUCAUUGUUGUAUAUUAAAUCAUUGGAAAGAAAUAAUCUUAUUUACUGAUGUAUAUCUGUCGUAUGCAUAUGGUUUGUCAAAAAACUUUUAGUGAUAAAAGAGGACGCACUCGACAAUUUUAUUUAUCUUAAAGAUCUUAUUGUAUAUCCGGGAAAGAUAAUUAAUGAUCGUGCUAUUAAUAUAUUCUUAUCACCUAAAUAGGUGCUGUAUCGAUUCGAUUGUUGAAAGAGUUGUUCUAUAAAAAUAAGUAGGUGUUCGAGAAAAUAUAAAAAUCUCUCAAGAGUUUUUUGAACAACCAAAAAGAAAAAGUAUGUAUAAUGUUAUCAUUACCUUUUUUACAUUACUGUCUACUGAUCUAUAGAAGUAGUAAAAUACGAGUUAUAAAAAUAUAUAUAAGAAUUCUUGUUGUUGCGUAAAAUGUAUCCAAACUAUUUGGCUUUUGGCGCCACUAGAUGUCACUUUCACAAAUAAAAUAAAUGUUUCCAAAGAACUGGCAGUGUUGCAAAUUGUAUUAUUGUUAAUUAAUAUAAUAUUUUACUCUAGUCAGAAUAUCAGAAAGCGUUUUUUUUUUAAUUUCAUUGAUAGAAUAUACAAAUUUAGUUGUAUUUCUGCUGGCAUAUGAAAAAGUCAAUAUCUAUUUAUUUUUUUACAUAUGUAGUAUUUGAAAUACUGAACAGGCUGAAGAACUAAUGAAUCAAUAACUCAAUAACUGGUAAUAUUAUUCUAUGUUCUGUCAAUGAAAUUAGGAGUAAGCUUAUAAAA